UCCGAGAAACUCAAAGCCGGAAUUUGUUUCAGCUCCUUAAAGAGAACGACCACCGGGGAGUUCGCUGUCACACGGUGCAGCGCUAUAGGCUGUGCAGCGCUCCUCUGUGCUGCACAUUUGACCUGCACUGGCCAUUAGCAUUGGAGGAACCUCAAGAGGAAUGCAACUUGUCACUGGAGCUAUUUUGGCUAUGUGCAAGCGUUUUGUAAUCACAGCGUGGGACUCGGAACAGUUGCAUUGCCGCUUAACGUCUUCCUCGAUUCCUUUUUAAAUCUGCAAUUCAUUUUUUUAGCAUGACUGUUUGGGAUUAGUCAGUCAGGCCGAAUGGCACGCCGUCUGCGCCUGCAUUUUGCCGCGAGGAGAAGCAACACCGACCCUCUGUCUGAAAGCUGCAGCCAUGAGGUAGAGGACGGACUCGGGACACCUGCUCGGAGCCCUGCAGAGCCCCUGACUCAGCCCCACUCGUUUCAUAUGAAAGUGACUCCAGGGCAGCUGGCUCUCGGUCUGCCGCCUUUGUCACCAGACUAUGGCAGCCUGCAACGCCAUACCACGGUAUUUGUACCCAAAGUGAACAGCAGCAGCGGGAACAGGAAGAGCACGCUGCAGAUUUCCUUGCAGUCUUCCAGCAGGCAGAAUUUGGAUGGAGGAGAAGAAACAGACCCCGGGAUUUGCGAGGGCAGUGCCGGGGGCUGCUCUGACGGAGGAUCGUGUAGCAGCAGCGCGGCUAGCGAUGUCGGCUACUGCAGCAGCAACAGCAUAUUCGACCCGGAUGUCGCAGAGCGUAAGACGUCCCACGAUAAAGGCGCGUGCCGUCGGAGGACCAAGGCUCCUUUACGCCGCUGCUCCUCGUUAGUCAUUUUUCCACGUAGCCCCUGCACCACACCUCCGGCUUCACCGGUCAGUCCCGUGACGACUCCUCUGCUUCCCCCGUCACCCCGGGGACCCUUUCAGACAUCGCACCAGCUGCAGCUAUCCGCAACAGAUGCGUCUCCGGACGAGCCCAAGGUCUCCGUCGCCUCCGCAGUGAAUGGUGUAAGACUCUCCAAAAGCAGCUGUCAGCCUGCCGAGGUUCGGGAUGCCAGGCCUAUCUUGCAUUGCAGCCUUUCAACCGACUCCACGAUAAGAUCGGAUCAACCAGAAAGGCACUCCAGCAUCCUGGUGCACUCUGCAAACCAGCCCCCACUUCCACCUGGGAAAGGAAACGCGGCCAGAACUGUGGUCAACAUCGACUGCUCUAAAUCUUCGGAAAAGUCCGAGGAAGCCAGCUCUAAAAUCGGGAACCGUAAUCCGAAGCUCUGCCGUAGCACCUCAGCCUGUAUGCUUCCUACGGGGAACUUACUGACCGAGAAGAGACACCACACAUGUCCGACUAUCGGCAAAUCCAACGCCUCACAGGAAAUCAGUUUUCACCGAGGUUUACAGAGGAGCAUUUCCCUCGAGGUGCCCUUCCUGAACACUGGGAUUUCAUGCCAUAUGUCCAACACAAAGCAGCUCGGCUGCAUGAACGGAGCGGCACAUGUGCAUAUACACGUGUCUCGAGGGAAUGCUGCGAAAGCGAACGACUCGUCAAAGGAUAUCAGCACCAGCGAUAAAAAGGAGCCGGCUCCUACCAUCUCUGGGACACGUGAUGAUUUCCUGGGUCAGGUGGACGUUCCACUGCAUCAGAUCCCAACAGAAGCACUGGGCAGCGAGAGACCCUACACAUUUAAAGACUUUCUGCUCCAUCCAAGAAGCCACAAGUCACGGGUCAAAGGUCACCUGCGGUUAAAGAUGACCUACCUGCCCAAGAACAACGGGUCAGAGGAGGAGCAGAGCGAGCAGGUGGAGGAAGUGGACCCUGGCUGGGAGUUCCUGGAGAGUCAGGACGUGUGUGGGCCAUGUCAAACACACCAGCUGCCCGCGCUGCCCCCUGGCUGGGAGGAGAGGCAGGACAACCUCGGCAGAACUUACUACGUCAACCAUGAGAACCGAACCACGCAGUGGCACAGACCCACCACCCAGGACGUGCAGAGAGAGGCGGAGCUGAGGCAGAGCACACACGUACAGCUUCCUUUCAUCACACGCAGACAAAUCUCUGAUCACGAUGAGAACAACGAGCGCAGAGAGUCACCUGAGAGCUGGGAGAUCAUCACUGAGGAUGAGGGAACUCUGUACAGCAGUCAGAAUCAGGUCUCUCCUCCUCCUCCACACUCUCCGCUGGAUUACACCACGUUCUCUGAGGAGUUCUGCAGGUUACAGGUCGGUGGUGAGAGGCGCACCUCCGUCACUGGUCAUGGCAGUCGGAGAGGGAGUGCACCAUUGCUGACUGUAGAGGAACAUCCAGUUCAUCCUGUGAUGUUGCCCACGACCCCCGGUUUGCCCCCUGGCUGGGAGGAGAAGCAGGACAGUAAGGGUCGAAUUUAUUACAUCAACCACAAGAGCAGAACCACCACCUGGACCCGGCCACUCGUUCAGUUGAUCCAGCCGGCUGAAGGAGUCGUCUCGUCUCCAGGGGGCGGAGUCUGUGGUCGCUCUCCGAGCCCCACGGUGUAUGCCCCGCCCCAAGCCUCACCCCAAGCCUCGCCCAUGCACUCCCCUGGCCCUCAGCACACACACACCUUCGAUUUCACAGGCUCCAUGCCUCCAGGGUGGGAGGUCCGGAGCGCUCCAAACGGCCGGCCCUUCUUCAUCGACCACAACACCAAGAGCACUACGUGGGAAGACCCCAGGUUGAGGAUUCCUGUUCACAUGAGGAAACAAGCCUCGCUCGACCCCAACGACCUGGGCCCGCUGCCGCCUGGCUGGGAGGAGAGGGUUCACAGUGACGGAAGAAUCUUCUACAUCGACCACAACACUAAGACCACACAGUGGGAAGACCCCAGACUGCAGAACUCCGCCAUCACCGGACCGGCCGUGCCUUACUCCAGAGACUACAAGCAGAAGUACGAGUAUUUCCGCAAGAAGCUGAAGAAACCAGCGGAUAUCCCGAACCGUUUCGAGAUGUCCGUGAGAAGGAACGCUCUGCUGGAGGACUCGUACCGUCGCAUCCUGUCUGUCAAACGGCCCGACCUUCUCAAGGCCCGCCUCUGGGUGGAGUUUGCAGGGGAGAGGGGUCUGGACUACGGGGGUGUGGCCAGAGAGUGGUUCUUCCUCAUCUCCAAGGAGAUGUUUAACCCUUAUUAUGGGCUGUUUGAGUACUCUGCUCUGGACAACUUCACGCUGCAGAUCAACCCCAACUCAGGCCUCUGCAACGAGGAUCAUCUCUCCUACUUCAAGUUCAUCGGGCGUGUGGCGGGGAUGGCCGUCUACCACGGCAAGCUGCUGGACGCGUUUUUCAUUCGACCGUUCUACAAGAUGAUGCUACAGAAGCCGAUCACGUUACAGGACAUGGAGUCUGUGGACAGCGAGUACUUUAACUCUCUGAAAUGGAUCCUGGAGAAUGACCCCACGGACCUGGAUCUCCGCUUCACCAUCGACGAGGAGCUCUUCGGACAGACGCACCAGCACGAGUUAAAGCCGGGCGGCGCUGACGUGAUCGUCACCGACUCCAACAAGAAAGAGUACAUCCACCUCGUGAUGCAGUGGAGAUUCGUGAACCGGGUUCAGAAGCAAAUGUCCGCCUUCAAGGAGGGAUUCUACGAGCUCAUCCCACAGGACCUGAUCAAGAUCUUCGAUGAGAACGAGCUGGAGCUGCUGAUGUGCGGUCUGGGCGACGUGGACGUUAACGACUGGAGAGAGAACACCAAGUAUAAGAACGGUUACGGACCCAACCAACCCGUCAUCCAGUGGUUCUGGAAGGCUGUGUUGCUGAUGGAUGCUGAGAAGCGAAUCCGGUUGCUGCAGUUUGUUACAGGAACAUCUCGCGUGCCCAUGAACGGUUUUGCUGAGCUCUACGGGUCCAAUGGGCCGCAGUUAUUCACCAUCGAGCAGUGGGGAACCCGAGACAAACUGCCCCGAGCUCACACCUGCUUUAACCGCCUGGACCUGCCUCCGUACGAGUCGUUUGAGGAGCUGCGUGAGAAGCUCAACAUCGCCAUCGAGAACACUCAGGGCUUCGACGGAGUCGACUAGGGGCGUCACCAUGGCGACGGUGUUACCACGGAGAUCGUGGCGGGCGUACCGGCACUCACGUCACGUCACACCUCGAGGCGAGGCGACACGCGCCCGUCUGAGAUUUUUUAUUCUUUCCUUCAGUCAGGAUCAGGGAGUGGAGGAAGCCCGAGCUCGAGAAAAAUCCCACAAACGCUCUUCUUAUCUAUCACUGCAUCCAGCUCCUCAUCACCGGCUCGCGGCUUCCUCCACCGCGUUUACACACCUGGACUUCCUGUUUAUUUCCAGUCCAAAUAAACCACAUGUCUGUAGACUCCAUCAUAAACACAGCAUCUCAGCACACACACCUGAGUGGAGUGGAGUGUCUGCGCUCUACACACACACCAUGUUUCAGUGUUCUUAUCAUGAAUGAACAGCUUGUACAGCGCACUGCAGCAUUUACACGUGGUCUUUACACGUGGAUAAUUAACUGGCCUACACGUGUCACAGCAUCGCUCCUGAUAUUAACGUUAAUGCUCAUCAGCAGCGCCUCAGUGUUGUGAUGAAGUGUAACACACAGCCUUCAUCUCAGGGUCUGGUGGCAGUAUUCGUCAUAGACGCUCCUGUCUUCAUCUUAUCUUAUCUCUCUAUCUCUUCUGUCUCUCUAUCCUUUCUCACUCUCUCUCUACCUGUUUGCCUCAUAUUGCCUGUCUCUCUCUCUCUCUCUCUCUCUCUCUCUCUCAUUCCUGCUGCACGCUUUAAAGCGGCGUUUACGUGAACCUGGAAGCUUCAGGAAACACAAGGUCUUUGCUCUUCAUAUCAGAUUUUGUACUUUAACACCUUUAGAGAGUCUUUUAUAAGAAGUCUUAAUCGGCGUCUGGGAGUCGGCCAGCGAGCUCGUCCUUCCCGGUCUUCGUUUUCCCGGAAGAAAUCCUCAGCUUGGCCUGUUCUCGGAUAUGUUUACAUGCUGAGCGUAAGCACUUUCUCUUUCUCGCUAUGGAACUUUAUCAGACUGUUAAACUUCAGUGCCCUCGUCCGUCCCUGAGAUCAGAUCCUCAGUUUCCUCGCUCCGUGUUAAAAUACUAAAAAUACUUUUUUCUUUAUUAGGGAAUUUUUAUGGGAAUAUCCGCCCUUUAACGCCGAGGAGCACACAUGAAAAAAAGCACAGAGUUUGUGUGGAGGACCAGAGGGCAAAAUGGAAAAUAAAUAAAUUAAUAAAUAAAUAUCUUAUAAAAAAAAAAAAAAAAGAUUAAAAUAAAUUCCUUACUUGCUGGUUUAUAAUCAAUUCAAAAUGAUAUGUAAAAAAAUAAAUAAAUAUAAAUUCUGAGUAGUAUUUUUUUUUUUGCCUGAUGAUUUUUAAUAAAAAAAAUAUAUUUUAUAUGAAUUAACAGUUGAAUAAAUAAUAAUUUAGUAAUACAUGCAGGUUGUUUCUUUUUUUCUUUUCUUUUUUAAAAUAUAUUUAUAGUUUAUUUGUUUUUUAUUUUUUUUCCCCGCUCUGGUCCACCAUUUUCAGCAAUAUUAAAGGGAUAAAAUGUGUAUUAGUAACGAAAACAUGCCUUUAAUCUGGAAUAUAAAUCAUAAUGGUUUAAUCGGGUUUACGUGCCAGUGUUCUUGGCAACAUAUUUUUUUUGGGAAACAAAUAAAGAGAAAAUGGAAAAAAUA